UUGACUCACCGUACAGAGCAGAUUCAACAUCUACUGGAGGCCUAUGAGUUUGUAAGGACCAACCUAUACAGGGCAUUUAAUCGACAAGCUCAUAACUAUAACCUACGACGUAGAGAGGUUCGUUUCCAGGUAGGCGAUCAAGUGCUCCGUCGUACACAUCACCUAUCGUCCGCCGUUAAUAACUUCGCAUCCAAGUUAGCUCCAAAGUUUGAAGGGCCAUUUCUUGUUGUGAAGGUGAUUUCACCAGUUAUUUAUGACCUGAAAGACCGGUCAGGUAAGAAAGUGAAUCACGUACAUGUUAAAGACCUAAAACCAUUUCAUAACUAGUAAGUUACUUUGUUAAACUCACCGAGAAAAAGUCAGAACUGAGAUAAAAAAAAAAAAAAAAUUGUUACUAACUGGUACCUCCCCGCAUAAACUAGACCUAUUAAUCUGAUUUUAUACUACUGACAUGUUCUUAUUAUUCUGUGAUUUUCUUGUUCAGGCAAAGAGGAUGUCAGAGAGUCUGCAUAGUCGCUGGGCAGAAAUCCGGUGGGGAGAUGAGGUGGUGUACGAGCCACGAAGCUCAUCACCGGAGACAAUACCGGAAGUACCGGUGUUGAGGAGAAGAACGGUGACAGAGGUGAGGAUGUCUAGAGCCCCCCAGAGCUCGGUGUCGUCAGUGCGAGGGAGAAACACCCUAGCAAGAGUGGAGAGGGUGGUGAAACGGACCACUACCCAGUCUACACAAACACCCCCUUUGUGCCAGCUGCGUGCCAAUCAAACCACACCGGCCCCCAAGAGUGUUCGUACAGUCGGUACGACAGGAUCUAAGGUCUAUCUGGAGGUGAGAUCCAACACGUGCUGGAAGUGCGGCAAGACAUGCCCCUCGCGGCAGGAGUGUCGAGGCCCACCACUCCUAUUUUGCAGCAGAUGUGGUUUGAUAGGUACGCAGACCAGGUACUGCGAGUGCGUACCCAGGAAACUGGCCCCACGACCGCCAGCAACUAGGUCGGAACAACCAGCCAGGCAUCCAUGUGCAAGAUGCACAGAAAGGGAGGCCAUGCAGCGGAAAAUGAGAUAGAAAAAAAAGAAUGAUGGGAAAAAUAGAAUUAAAAAGAAG